CACUGGUUGAUGAUAGUUUCAGACGUCAUGGAAAUUAUUCAGUGACAUACAGACUGCAACAAUUUGUGAUGAGUCUGGAUCUGGCUUCCCUGAACUCUCUCCUCCCUCUCCUUGUGGAGUCUGCCUUCUUGUCCUCCUCUGUGGCAGUGAUCCUCAUUGACUGGAACCACAGUUUCCUAGAGAGUUACCUCCCUCAAUGGAGGAGAAGAAAUAUCAGACAGGAUGCAUAUACUUGCUUGUUUGGAGCAGCACUUGCCAUUAUAUACAUGAAUAACUUUGCCAUCAACUGUGAAAAUUGUAGAAUUGCUGGGACUGCCAUUGUUGUUCUACUUUCAUUUUGGCUUCAGAGUAAAACAAAUAAAGGGAAUGUCUCAGACAAAUGUGUAGGUACCUCAGAUGUGCCAGUCUCCAACAAAUCAUUUGGAGGAUCAGCAGUAACACACAGGAACCAGAAAACCAGGGGCUUCAUCUUCUGUGGGGCUGGGACGACUCAGAACUCUCUGUCUCUUUCCUCCUCACAGUUUGAGGAAAAGCAAAAGGAUGAGGAGGAGCUGGUCACUCCCGUACCAAACCUCAGCUGUGUCAAAGGAAUAGGGAUAAAUGCCAACAGAAAUGCAAGUAAACUCACUGAUGCACUAAAGCAAAUCCAGAUGCCAAGUCAGUUGCCAUGCUUGGAUGACUCGGGCCUCCCCCUGGAUGACUAUUUUGAGGAGUCCCCUCACACUAAGGUGGAGAAGACGGGGUAUAACUCAGAGGAUUUUAAGAAACUGUGGAAUAAGUGCAUGGAGAGUGACAGUUUCCACCCUUCUCCUGAAGAGUUAAGAGAAAUGCAACAUGACUAUAAAGGUAUAGUGCAACUGGAGAGAGAUGUAGAAGAGAAGGACAAGGAAAUAGUGGAGACAAAGAGGGAGGUGGAGGAAAAAGACAGGGAAAUAGUGGAGACAAAGAGGGAGGUGGAGGAGACAAAGAGGGAGGUGGAGGAGACAAAGAGGGAGGUGGAGGAGACAAAGAGGGAGGUGGAGGAAAAAGACAGGGAAAUAGUGGAGACAAAGAGGGAGGUGGAGGAGAAGGACAAACAGAUGGAAGAGACCAGACAGGAGAUGGAGGAGACCAGACAGGAGAUGGAGGAGACCAGACAGGAGAUGGAGGAGACGGCUGAGGCAUUGGAGAUGUCUCUGAGGGUGGUGGAUGAGACCACACAAGACGUAAUGAACAGCCAGCAAGCCUUACAACAGGAGAUAUUGGCGAAUCAGCAGAAGGAUCAAAUGAUUCAGCAGAAGGACAGAAUGUUAAAUCAGAAGGACAGCCUACUGCAUCAGGAGAGACAGAGAGUACGAGAGCUGGAGCAGAGCCCUGAGGGGGAGUGGCAGAGGAGGCUGCUUGAGUUGGAGGAGGAGAUUCGCCGACUGUCCGCCCAGUCUAACCGCUCCAAGUGUAAGAUCUGCCUUGUGGAGGAAGUCCAGGUGUCCUUUACCCCCUGUAAUCACUUAAUCUCAUGUCAGGGGUGUGUAGACAGACUGCCAGAGAGAGUUUGUCCUAUUUGUAGGGAACCCAUUCAGAGGACAGUCAACAUGUUCUUUGCAUAAAGAGACAGGUGAAGUGUAUGUUAAUGCUGCAGCAAUCAAAUAUCUGUUUUAUAGCCCCUUUAUAUUGUUGUCUUAUUUUUUUUUGUAGUUCACAUACUUUUAGUUGGGGAAUGAAUUAGCCUAAUACAAAGCAAAAUUUAUUUGUAAUUAAUGUAGAAUGCAUAGAAGAAAAUGACUUGUCAAGGGAUUUUAUUGUAAUUUUAUAACCUUUG